CUAGGUUCGGUCUUGGGCUUUUGAACGGCUGAGAUUGCAUGUCCUAGCUUGGACCCCACACUUGCACCGCAUGAGGAGCGGAGCUGUUACAAAGAGAACUGAAACUGAUUACAUUUCAGCCUUUGCGGGAGAGAGAGAGAGAGAGAGGGAGGGAGAUUUCAGUUCCGAUUCGAAGAUUAAGGGUUUUGAGGGAUUGAUAAGAGGGAUUUCAGUUAGGAGUCAUGGCGGAUCACGAGGAAUCGAGCUCAUCCGCCGUUGAAUCGAUGAUGGAAAAGGUGACGGAGAAGUUUCACGAUCACGAUUCGUCGUCGUCCUCCUCCUCGGAUUCCGAUGACGACAAGGUAAAGGCGUCGUCUUCUGCGGCGAAAUCAAAGAUUUAUCGUCUCUUUGGGCGAGAGAAGCCCGUGCACAAGACUCUCGGUGGUGGAAAACCUGCGGAUGUAUUUCUGUGGAGGAACAAGAAGAUUUCAGGAGGAGUGCUGGGCGUGGCUACUGUGAUUUGGGUUUUGUUUGAAUUGCUUGAAUACCACCUUCUGACUCUGAUUUGCCAUUGCUUCAUACUUUCUCUUGCUUUGUUGUUCUUGUGGUCCAAUGCUACUACCUUUAUCAACAAGUCUCCCCCGCGCAUUCCUGAAGUUUAUAUUCCAGAGGGUCCAGUCCUUCAGUUUGCCUCUGCACUGAGGAUUGAAAUCAAUCAAGCUUUUGCUUGCUUACGGGACAUUGCAUCAGGAAAAGAUCUGAAGAAAUUUCUUGCUGUUAUAGCUGGCCUGUGGGUUGUGUCAAUAAUGGGGAGUUGGUGCAACUUCCUGACCUUGUUCUACAUAGCAUUUGUCUUGCUUCACACAGUCCCUGUUCUCUACGAGAAAUAUGAGGACCAGGUGGACUCAUUUGCAGAGAAGGCAAUGAUCGAGCUCAAGAAGCAGUAUGCUGUCUUUGAUGCCAGGGUCUUAAGUAAGAUUCCAAGGGGACCAUUGAAAGAUAAGAAGAAGGCUUAGAGUGGCUAUGGCAUAUAGUCACUGCUAGGUACCGACAAGUGUUUGGUAGCUAUGUUUUGUCAAGGUGUUGUGACUUCUAUCCAUCAUUGCCUAGAACCCUGUUUUUAAUCUUUUGUUUUAUGGAGAGUUUGGGUUCACAAUAUGGAAGGAUAUAGGUUUUUAAAAUAAUACUUUUCUGUUGUUUCGUAGAUGGACAGCAUAUUUUUGAACCUAUCUGCAAUGAGUGUUCUAGUGAUCAUCAUGUUUCAUAUUGCACGUCAACGAA